AGCUUGCUGUUUGUCUCUGAUGGUCUCUCCACUGCGGAGUCUGACGCUGCAGUGAUAUUGCAUCACAGGUUACUUCUAGCACGGCGGGACAGAACUAGCAAAAUCUCCAGCACGGUGAAACGCGUGGUUUCCGUGUUACCCCACGAUCCAAAUUGGGAGGAGGAACUGCACUGUCCUGUGAGAUCCUGACAUGACUAAAAUCUACCUGCAUCGUCAGUAUUCAUUUAAAUUAGUUGCAUUACCUGGCAAUAGCACAAGAAUUAAUUGAAUUGUGUUGCGCGGGACAAAACAGCAUCUUUUAUCAGAGCAGCAAACGGGGUGUUAGUUCAGUUACAGUGGCGCUCAGCUAAACUGCUUCCUGGACAGUGGGGUUAACUCACAGAAAAACUACUUCAUCCCUAUCAACACUGCAGAACCAAUAUUGACAUAGGAGACUGAGCUGGAGUCCUUUCUGCCGCGUGUGUUAACAUCUGAAGUGUCCAGAGGGUUGCAGUGGGUCCUGUGGAGAGCCGAGUCCCUGUCUCUCCUUUCGGGUGUCUCGGCGCCGCUCGUCUCAGCCCGGCACAUUAUCUGGAAAAUGUGAAAAUGCAUUGGCUACAUUUUGCAUUUUUGUAAAAUUACAAAUCAUGAAAUAAAGCCUUGGAAAUGGCUCUUCAAAAGAUAGACCUAAUCUUGCAAGGCUAGAACUUUAAUGCAGAGCACUGGAAGUAGUUAGAUACUGGAACCACUGCUGAUUUGGUCGCAUCCUCCAACAUGAGCAAUCCUCAGCCUACAAUUGAAGGCAGUGUUUCAGAAGUUGAGAUCAUUUCCCAGCAAGUGGAAGAAGAGACCAAAAGCAUUGCUCCUGUGCAGCUUGUUAAUUUUGCUUAUCGAGAUCUACCUUUAGCUGCACUUGAUCUGUCUGUGGCUGGGUCCCAGCUUUUGCCAAAUUUGGAUGAGGAGUACCAAAGGGAAGGAUCUAACUGGCUAAAACCGUGCUGUGGGAGACGAGCAGCUGUGUGGCAGGUAUUUUUGCUCAGUGCAAGUCUCAACAGUUUCCUGGUAGCCUGUGUAGUAUUGGUGGUGAUUCUUCUGACUCUGGAACUCCUAAUAGAUAUAAAGCUUCUCCAGUUUUCAAGUGCUUCCCAGUUUGCAGGAGUAAUUCACUGGAUCAGCCUAGUCAUCCUCUCUGUUUUCUUUUCAGAGACUAUUUUGAGGAUUGUGGUCCUUGGCAUAUGGGAUUACAUUGAAAACAAAAUAGAGGUGUUUGAUGGUGCCAUCAUAAUCUUGUCCUUGGCACCAAUGGUGGCCUCAACAGUGGCUAACGGCCCCGGCAGCCCGUGGGAUGCCAUCAGCCUUAUCAUCACUCUGCGGGUAUGGAGAGUGAAGAGGAUCAUUGAUGCAUAUGUCCUUCCAGUGAAAGUGGAGAUGGAGAUGAUGAUUCAGCAAUAUGAGAAGGCAAAAGUUAUUCAAGAUGAGCAGCUGGAAAGACUAACCCAGAUCUGCCAAGAACAAGGGUUUGAAAUCAGGCAGCUGAGGGCCCACCUUGCUCAGCAGGAUUUGGACCUGGCUGCAGAGAGAGAGGCUGCACUGCAGGUCCCACACGUGCUGAACAAACAGAGCAGCAAGAGGUACAAGGUGGUGGCCACUGAAGACUCGGACGAUGAAGGCACCGAGAACAUCGCUGAGCUGCGACCUGCACGAGAGGAUGACAUGAAUAAUUACAUCAGUCGAUACUACAACGAGCCCAGCAGUGACAGCGGAGUCCCCGAGGCCGCCAUCUGUGUGGUGACCACGGCCGCCAUCGACGUGCACCGGCCCAACAUCUCCUCGGAGCUGUUCACGGUGGACGUGCCGCUGCGCCUGGGCAGCACCGGGACCUCGGCCAGCCUCACGUCGGGCAGUGCCUCGCGCUCCACCGUCAGCUCGGGCACGCGAGGCUGCAGCGAGAGCAGCCAGACCCUGGGCUCGUCCCCGGACUGCAGCACGGCCUGCGAGGAGCCGGGCGCGGGGCCCCGGCCGCGCUCGGCCCACGCCGCCGUGCAGGAGCUGCUCUCGUCCCUGUCGGAAGAGGCCUGCCUGGCGCAGAAGGGGCUGGAUCCCGUCAACCUGAAGCUGCCCAGCCCGGCCGGCUCGGUGGGGGCCAGCCCCGAGCUGGGCCACCGGCUCAGCGUCUACAACCACAGGAACCAGGAGAGUCUUGACGUCUUCCAGCUCAAGCCGCUCCUCGACUGCCCCCAGGGUGCCCCAAUGAUUGAGGAGAAGUAUGGGGUGCUGGGGCCCCCAGAGCCACGGCUGGGCAGGGUUCCUGAGGCAUAGGGCCCGCCUGGGGGAACGGGGACUCCUGUGGGGACACGCUCACCGCGCUGGCCCACGAAGCUGCCGCAGGCCAGGUGGCAGUGCUGAAGACAACCUGCGGCAUCUCCUGCAAUGGCCGCCAGCCUAGGGCAGGGCCAGCAUCGCCUCUGCUCCCGCGUGUCUGUGGCACAUGACCUAACUACCCUGCCACCAGCUCUGGGCCAGUUGGGACCUACAGUGGGCACAGUGGACCUUCCAGCAGUCUUAGGGCAGUAUGGACCCACAGGGCCUGGAGGGACAGACUGUGCUGGGAACACCACGGAACUUCCACCAGUCCAGGGCCAGCACAAGCCCCAUAGUGCUGGGGGCAGGAUGGAGCUGCUGGACAGCUUGGGCCCAGCCUGGCUCCCCAGCCGGACACUGCCCAGGGGCUCGGCGUGACUGGGAGGGGUGUGGAGAUGGGAAUAAACACUGACAAACACA